ACGCACGCACGCACGCAGGCUCGCUCGCGCGCGCGCGCGCCAGAGUGCACUGGGCAGCUCGCAGCCAGUCGGCGUUUCCGCCAGAGGACGGCGGCUGUCGUUAGGACUUGGACAAGCGAUCCCUCCCCUGCUUCUCCAUGGCGCCCCUCGAGCGGCUCGUUCUCGUACUUUCGCCGCUGCUUCUGCUUGUUCUCUACGCCCCGCCAUCCCGCUGCUACUUCCCAGAAGAGCGCUGGAGCCCCGAGUCGCCUCUGCUCGCUCCGCGGGUCGUCCUCGCCCUCAUCUGCCGCAACUCGGCUCACUCGCUGCCCCACGUCCUGGGCGCCCUCGACCGGCUCGACUACCCCAAGGAGCGCACCGCCCUGUGGGUGGCCACCGACCACAAUGUGGACAACACCACCGCCGUGCUGCGCGAGUGGCUCAUCAACGUGCAGAAGUUCUACCAUUACGUGGAGUGGAGGCCUCAGGAGGAGCCGAGAGGAUUCGAUGAUGAGGUGGGCCCCAAGCACUGGACCGCCGAGCGCUAUGAGCAUGUGAUGAAGCUGCGCCAGGCCGCCUUGACUGCUGCCAGGGAGAUGUGGGCAGACUACAUUCUGUACAUGGACUGUGACAACCUGCUGACGGACCCCGAGGUCCUGUGGAAGCUCAUGGCCGAGGACAAGACCAUCGUGGCCCCCAUGCUGGAGUCUCGAGCUGCCUAUUCCAAUUUUUGGUGUGGCAUGACCGCUCAGGGUUAUUACAAACGAACGCCAGCCUACAUGCCAAUGAGAAAGCACGAACGGCAGGGUUGCUUUGCAGUUCCCAUGGUGCACUCCACCUUCCUGAUCGACCUGAGAAAGGAGGCGUCCCAGGAUCUCGCCUUCUACCCGCCUCACCCAGACUACACCUGGUCCUUUGAUGACAUCAUCGUCUUCGCCUUCUCUGCCCGCAUGGCUGAUGUGCAGAUGUUCCUGUGUAACAAGGAGACCUACGGCUUCUUCCCGGUGCCCUUGCGCGCUCACAGCAGUCUGCUGGACGAGACCGAAAGCUUCCUGCACACGGUGCUCGAGGUCAUGGUGAAUCAGCCGCCUGCGGAGCCCUCCAGCUUUCUCUCGGUUGCCCAGAAGCAUCCCGAUAAGAUGGCCUUCGAUGAGGUGUUCAUGAUUAACCUGAAGCGGCGCACGGACCGCCGGGAGCGAAUGCUACGCACGCUCUACGAACAGGAGAUCGCUUGCAAAGUUGUGGACGCCGUGGACGGGAGGGCUCUGAAUGUCAGUCAGAUUGACGCCAUGGGUAUUCACAUGCUGCCCGGCUACCAGGACCCCUACCACGGGCGCCCACUGACCAGGGGAGAGCUGGGCUGCUUCCUGUCCCACUACAACAUCUGGAAGGAGGUUGUGGACAGGGGCCUGGAGACGUCCUUGGUGUUCGAGGACGACCUGCGCUUUGAGGUCUUCUUCAAGAGGCGCCUGCAGAACCUCAUGUACGAGGUGCAGACCGAGGGGCUCGACUGGGACCUCAUAUACAUCGGCCGCAAGAGGAUGCAAGUGGACCACCCAGAGAAGGCGGUGCCCAACGUCCAUAACCUGGUGGAGGCUGACUACUCGUACUGGACCUUGGCAUAUGCCAUCUCCUUGCAGGGGGCACAGAAGCUGCUGAAGGCGGAGCCUCUUGGUAAAAUCCUGCCCGUUGAUGAGUUCCUGCCAGUGAUGUACAACAAGCACCCGGUGUCCGACUACAUGGAGCACUUUGAGACGCGGGACCUGCUGGCGUUUUCGGCCGAGCCCCUCCUGGUCUACCCGACGCACUACACGGGCGACAGCGGCUACAUCAGCGACACGGAGACCUCCACCGUCUGGGACAACGAGGGGCUGAAGACGGACUGGGACCGCACCAAGUCGCGCAAGACUCAGGAGCAGGCGGAGCUGAGCAGCGAGGCGCAGAAUUCGGACGUCCUGCAGUCGCCACUGGACAGCACGGCGCGUGACGAGUUGUGACCCGGGGUGGGCUGGACGGCACGUGGACACCCGCUGCCGCUCG